GAGAGUCCACACAGGAAAGAAACCAUUUGGUUGUGAUGUUUGUGGGAAGAGAUUUACACAACAAGGAAGUAUUAAGAAGCACAUGAGAGUCCACACAGGAGAGAAACCAUUUGGUUGUGAUGUUUGUGGGAAGAGAUUUACAGUCCAGGGAAGUAUUAAGACACACAUGAGAGUCCACACAGGAGAGAAACCAUUUGGUUGUGAUGUUUGUGGGAAGAGAUUUACACAACAAGGAUGUUUUAAGAAACACAUGAGAGUCCACACAGGAGAGAAACCAUUUGGUUGUGAUGUUUGUGGGAAGAGAUUUAAAGUCCAGGGAAGUAUUAAGACACACAUGAGAGUCCACACAGGAGAGAAACCAUUUGGUUGUGAUGUUUGUGGGAAGAGAUUUACAGUCCAGGGAAGUAUUAAGACACACAUGAGAGUCCACACAGGAGAGAAACCAUUUGGUUGUGAUGUUUGUGGCAAGAGAUUUACAGUCCAGGGAAGUAUUAAGAAACACAUGAGAGUGCACACAGGAGAGAAACCAUUUGGUUAUGAUGUUUGUGGGAAGAGAUUUACGGUCCAGGGAAGUAUUAAGAAACACAUGAGAGUCCACACAGGAGAGAAACCAUUUGGUUGUGAUGUUUGUGGGAAGAGAUUUACGGUCCAGGGAAGUAUUAAGAAACACAUGAGAGUGCACACAGGAGAGAAACCAUUUGGUUGUGAUGUUUGUGGGAAGAGAUUUACAGUCCAGGGAAGUAUUAAGAAACACAUGAGAGUGCACACAGGAGAGAAACCAUUUGGUUAUGAUGUUUGUGGGAAGAGAUUUACGGUCCAGGGAAGUAUUAAGAAACACAUGAGAGUCCACACAGGAGAGAAACCAUUUGGUUGUGAUGUUUGUGGGAAGAGAUUUACAGUCCAGGGAAGUAUUAAGAAACACAUGAGAGUGCACACAGGAGAGAAACCAUUUGGUUGUGAUGUUUGUGGGAAGAGAUUUACGGUCCAGGGAAAUCUGACGAGACAUAUGAUUGCGCACACAGGAUAGAAAUUGUUUACCAAACAUGUUGGUAAAGACCACAGCAGUUAUCAUUGUCUUUGGUUGUUUUGUUGUAUUUU